AUGACUUCUAAAGGAGUCUCGCUCCUGAAGUUCGUGGGAACUGUUUCCCUCGGUCUUCUGACUGGCCUUUCCUACUCCCUCUCGACCGUCACUGUACCCUCGAUCCUUUCACUCCCCUCCGCAUCCGAUGCCGCCCGCGCUUUCCAGAACCUCUACCCAAGCGCAACUACCCGCCUGCGCGUUCUGACCGGCGUCUCUACCGCUUCUUUCAUCUUCGCCUUCUUCCUGUCCCCGCGCGCCUUCCGCCACCCGUACCUCGUCUACUCCUCCGUCCUCUGUUUGACCUCCGGCCUCGCCGAGCAAAUCGCUCCCUAUGUUUUGAAGAGCUCACCCGAGUCGUCCAAAGAGGCCAUCGCUACCCGUCAAAGGGCCCUCCGUGAGCGUGAGGAAGCCCGAAAGGCCGCCCGCAUUGCACGCCAGGAAGCGCGCAUGGAGGCUAGCUACGAGGUUCUCGGCGACAACCACAGCGACGCUGCAAGCGACGGUGAGACGGCAGCGGCGGCUGCCGCUGCCGAGGAGGAGGAGAUUCUCAACGGUGAGGAGGUCCGCAGCGAGGUUGAGGGCUUCAAGAGGACGCAAAUCGUGCAGACCGCCAUCGCUUCGGUUGGCUUCCUCCUGUCCGUCAUCGGCAUCUGGGGUGACGGUGCCAUUCAGGUCUUCCAGACCGAGACCGUCAUCGUUGGUGUAUAA